GAAAUAGGACGUACCCGGUAGUUGUGACCUGCUUUUGUAACUCAGUCUGUGGUGUGUGUUAAACACUGCUGCAAGAAAAAGGGUAAAACUGUCCGGAUACAGCUGUCCUUACAGGUACGAUGAUGAACCGCUGUGGUCUGCUAACUCUGCAGAAGGAACCAGUUCCUCUGAAGAGCAUUGAGGUGGAGCUGGAGGUGAGGGACCAUGUGGCUACAGUGGUCUCCACUCUGAACUACGAGAACAAGGAGGACAAACCAUUAGAGGCUGUUUUUGUCUUCCCUCUGCCUGGAGAUGCUGCUGUCUGUCAUUUCAGUGCUAAGAUUGGACAGACACAGAUUGUAGCUGAGGUGAAGGAGAAACAGGAGGCUCGUGAGGAGUAUGAUGAUGCUCUGAGCAGCGGUCAGCAGGCCUUCCUAUUGGAGGAGAGUGAGCAGAGUCCAGAUAUAUUCUCUCUGAGUGUGGGCAGUCUGCCUCCAGGAGAGAGCGCCUCCAUCAGGUUGGAGUACGUCACUGAGCUGGCUGUGCAGGCUGAUGAUGGGCUGAGGUUCUGUCUGCCUGCUGUGCUCAACCCUCGAUACCAACCUCAGGGUAGUGAAGCUGCAGGUGUCCAGGUGACUUCUGUUCCAGCCUCUCUGGUGCCCUACAGUCUGUCUUUCUCUGCCCGAGUGUCCUCUCCUCGUCCAGUCUCUAAAGUAGAGUCCAACUGCUCCCUGGACCCUCUCCAGUACCUCAGCACUGAUCAAACCCAGGCCACGGUCAAGUUGGCUGCAGGACACAAGUUUGACAGAGAUGUUGAACUGCUGAUUUAUUACAAAGACGCCCACCAGCCCACUGCUGUGGUGGAGGCAGGACAGGCCUCUGCUGAGGCAGGCACUCUGAUGGGUGAUCCAGUGGUGAUGGUGAGUCUGUACCCUGAGUUCCCCCAGUCUGUGAUGUCUUCAUUGGCUUCAUGUGGAGAGUUUGUGUUCCUAAUGGAUCGAUCUGGAAGUAUGAGUAAUACUCGCAUCCGCAGUGCCAGGGAUUCUCUGCUGCUCCUGUUGAAGAGUUUACCAAUGGGCUGCUAUUUCAACAUUUACAGUUUUGGGUCCAGAUAUGAACACAUCUUCCCUAAGAGUGUGGAGUACAGCCAGCAGACCAUGGAGGAAGCUCUGAAGAAAGUUGAGCAGAUGGAGGCUAAUCUGGGAGGAACGGAGAUCCUGCAGCCCCUCAAACAUAUUUACAGCCAGCCCUGCAUUCCCAACCAGCCUAGACAGCUGUUUGUCUUUACUGAUGGAAAGGUGGGGAACACCAAAGAAGUGAUAGAUCUGGUGAAGAAGAAUUCAGAUUCUCACAGGUGUUUUUCUUUUGGGAUUGGGGAAGGGGCCAGCUCUGCUCUCAUCAAUGGGAUUGCCAAGGAAGGAGGAGGUCACGCUCAGUUCAUCACAGGGACUGACAGGAUGCAACCAAAAGUGAUGCAGUCACUGCGAUUUGCUCUGCAGCCGACUGUGGUCGACAUCUCAGUCACAUGGGAUUUACCAAAGGAAGUGUCUGUCACUGUCCUCUCUCCACCAAUCACAGCACUUUUCCAGGGUCAGAGGUCACUGAUUUAUGCCCAGCUCAGUGGACAGAGCUCAGAGGCAGCAGAGGGCUGUGUGACAGUGAAGUACAGCCUGGCAGGUCAUCCCUCUGAGAACCAGCUGCACUUCAGUCUCAGACCUGCAGCAGACACUGGAUUAACGGUCCACAGGUUGGGUGCUCGGACUCUUAUUCGCUCCCUGGAGAUGGAGGAGAGAGAGCACAGAGGACAGCAGGAUGGAGGAGUGAAGGAGAAGGUGGUGAAGCUCAGUGUCCAAUCAGGAGUGAGCAGUUCUUUCACCGCCUUCAUUGCUGUCAACAAAGACAACAGCAAAGUGAUUGAAGGACCUCUUGUGCGCAGAAAUAUUCCAACACCCUUUGCUGUUCCCAUGGCAAUGUGUGGUCCACCACGCAUGAUGGGUGUACCCAUAGCAAUGUGUCGUUCCAGGCUCAAAAGAGACUGCAGACAGACAGAAGCACAGAUCAACUUGGAUAGACCCGCGGCAAUGUAUUAUUCUGAGCCCAGCUGCAGACAGACAGAAGCACAGAUCAACUUGGAUAGACCCGUGGCAAUGUAUUAUUCUGAGCCCACUGCUGUGCCCGAUCAGCCUCCCAGAGACCCUUUGCUGCAGUUAGUCUCCCUCCAGGAGGCGUCUGGCUGCUGGCUGCUUGAUCCAGCUCUGGCUGCUGCACUGGGAAAGAGCAGCGAGGAGGUGGAAAAGUCAAAGCCUGCAAAGGCCAACAGUGAAGUGUGGGCCACCAUUCUGGCUCUGAUCUGGCUUCAUGGUUUAAAGAUGGAUGCAAAGGACGAGUGGGAGCUUCUGGCUAUGAAGGCUACAUCAUGGCUCCGUGCUCAGAACGCACCAUGUGUGACAGAGUGUGUGGAAGCUGGAAAUGUCCUGUUGGGCUGCAGCGUGAAGAAAGAAGCUCUGGGGCUCUGAGGGAUUUCUUAAAGUGGCUUCACCUUCAGGGCUGAUGAACAGAAGCAGAUCUACUCUCACCAUACUGCCUUUGAUUCAGUGCUGUUUCAUAUUAUCUACCCCUUUUAUAGUUGUUAUGUAAUCAGGACUGUUAUGGAUUCUUUAUUGUUAAUUAUAUUUGAAGUUUGUACCUAAUUUGGGUUUACCACUGUAAAAAAAUGUCACUAACACACAAAGGUUGGACAGCUACUGUAGCAGCUCAUUCAGAAAGUGUGUACAUUCCUUUUCUCUCCCACUAGAUGGUGAUGAUGUUCAUUUCACUUUCUGUUAUUGUUCUGUAAAUAGCUGCAGUUCAGGGUCCCUGCAAGCUAGUCCUCAGUAAAUUGGAGUGAAUGGAGCUAAACAGCUAAAAUAACUCUUUCCACAGUUUACACCAGCUUCUAAACAAAAGGUCCAAAGUGUAUUUUACCUUUUACAAAAGAAAAUGCUACAGCAGCACAUAGUCCCAGUGGUGUCCAAAAAAAGUAUGGAAAACAUUAGUGUAGUUAAAUCAGACUGUCUGUGUAUAAUUAAUCAAACAAAACUGUUCUGAUACUAACCAUAAUACCAAUAAUAAUUACAAAAACCAUUAAACUUUUAAAAGACUUUGAAAGUCUCUUGAA